AUGCCUAGGCCCAAAAACUGCGCUGCGCCGACACAUGGUCCCAAAAGACGCAAGGGCAGUGUGCGCAAAAUUCCGUGUGCCUACAGCAAGUGCUCCAACAAGACCGUGGAUUGCAAGAACAAGGGCCACACUCUCGAUGUGGGGAUGCUGAACAAGAAAGUGAGGCAUCUGCAUCCUGGGGCGGUGAAAGCACGAUUCUGUUGUAGGCAGCACCAAGAGCUCUGCCGGCGUAAGGUUCGGGGUCCUUACGGGGGCCGCGAAGCUUUAAACCCGGAACAGAUUGCACUGCUCUUCCAUGUCUUGCAGCAAUCCACCCCCUGGGCAGCAGUUCUUUUCCUCCUAAGCCUGAUGCUAGGAGAACGUGUGGACGCAGCUCGGCGUUGCCAAGACAGCUGGUUCCGAGGCUUGGACUCUGAUGAAGGUGUCCUGCCGGCAAUCAGCAUUCCCAAAUGUAACGGCAAGACGAGGGCCAGGGAGGACGUGCCUCUCCAUGCUGGAUUUGCAGCGUUACUCUUCGGCUGGAUAUCAGAGGCCCCCCUACGUGGAGAUGCAGGCAAACAGUGGCCUUUUCCGGAACAAGCACUACGCACUACAAGGACGGCAGAUGGACGACAACAACAAUCCAACCUUCUCUUCCCUGGUCGCCAGCUUGGGGGGAUCAACAAGCGAGACAUGCGCAAGCCAGUGUCCCCCAAGGCCUUGUGGAACUGCUACAGUGCUGCACAAAAGGUCCUGCUCGAACAACGGAAGCAAAAGCACAGGAUUGGUGAGCCACAUAUCUUCGACGACAUUGCACUGCAAAGAGUGACAUCGCAUAGUUGCAAAAAAAGCGCAGUGACACUGCUCUCCGAUCACACGACUACUGCCAUCAUUUCAGCAAUCACUGCUACCUCCCCGCGCAUCCUGUCCAGCACUUAUGUCUGCCCUACAAAGAAGAAGCAACGAAAGGCAGUUGACAGUGCCUUUGCGGGUGUCCUGGCCCAGCUGGAAGCUCCCGCGGAGGUACCGGCACCACCUGAGACGCAGGAUCGCGUCUACUGCGUUGGCUGUGGAAAGCAUCAGGCAUGUGUGGAAUGGGACUUUUGUCCCAACUGUGGCAGGGCCUACGUUGCAGUCGACAGCAACCCGGGUGCAAAGACAUGA